AUGAAUCGUGGGGCGAUGUAUUUAUUGAUGCUUUGCCUCCUAGCUGGAGCGGUAAGGGGUGAAGACCCUUAUCUUUUCUUCACAUGGAACGUUACAUAUGGGACCAUUGCUCCUCUUGGUAUCCCGCAACAAGGAAUUCUCAUCAACGGUCAAUUCCCGGGACCAGAAAUCAACUCCACUAGCAACAACAACGUUGUUGUUAACGUUUUCAACAACCUAGACGAGCCACUUCUUUUCACAUGGAGUGGGGUCCAACAAAGGAAAAACUCAUGGCAAGAUGGUACAUUGGGAACACAAUGUCCCAUUGCCCCUGGCACUAACUACACUUACCACUUCCAAGUGAAGGACCAGAUUGGAAGCUACUUCUAUUACCCAACCACAGGGUUACAUAGAUCCGCUGGUGGCUUCGGUGGUCUUAAAAUCAAUAGCAGGUUGUUGAUUCCUGUCCCUUAUGCUGAUCCCGCUGAUGAAUAUUGGGUUCUCGCCGGUGAUUGGUACGCUAAAAGCCACACCAUUUUGAAGAAGUUUUUGGACAGUGGUCGUUCUCUUGGAAGACCUGAAGGUGUUCACAUUAACGGUAAAAACGGUGCGUCGGAACCGCUUUACACAAUGGAGCCUGGUAAGACUUAUAAAUACAGAAUCUGCAACGUUGGUCUUAAGGACUCACUUAACUUCAGGAUUCAAGGACACCCCAUGAAGCUUGUUGAGAUGGAAGGGUCCCACACCGUUCAGAAUGACUAUGACUCUCUUGAUGUCCACGUGGGACAAUGCUUCUCUGUCCUCGUAACCGCCGACAAGGAGCCAAAGGAUUAUCACAUGGUCGCCUCCACGCGCUUCACCAAGAAGGUUCUCACCGCCACCGGUUUAAUCCGUUACACUAACGGCGUUGGUUCUGCUUCCAAUGUGCUCCCUCCCGCACCUGUUGGUUGGGCUUGGUCUUUGAACCAAUUCAGGUCAUUCCGUUGGAACCUAACCGCUAGUGCUGCAAGGCCUAACCCUCAGGGCUCUUACCAUUACGGUCAGAUUAACAUCACCCGGACCAUUAAGCUUGUUAACACUGUUAGCAAGGUUCAGGGAAAGCUCCGUUAUGCCCUUAACGGUGUUUCUCAUGUUGACCCCGAAACACCUCUUAAGCUCGCUGAGUACUUCGGAGUUUCCGAGAAGGUUUUCAAGUACAACAUCAUAUCUGAUGAACCACCAGCCACUGUCGGUGAAGCCACCUUGGCACCCAAUGUUGUCAACGCCACUUUCCGCAACUUCAUUGAGGUCAUCUUUGAGAACCCUACCAAGGUCAUUCAGUCAUAUAACUUGGAUGGUUACUCUUUCUUCGCCGUCGCCAUUGAGCCAGGGAAAUGGACACCAGAGAAGAGAAAGAACUACAACCUUCUUGAUGCUGUGAGCAGACACACCAUUCAGGUGUACCCGAAAUCAUGGGCAGCAAUAAUGCUAACGUUCGACAACGCCGGGAUGUGGAACUUGAGGUCGGCGAACGCGGAGAACCGCUACCUUGGACAGCAAAUGUACAUUAGUGUGACGUCUCCUGAACGUUCUCUGAGGGAUGAGUACAACCUUCCAGAAACCCAGCUUCUUUGCGGAAUCGUUAAGGAUUUGCCAAUGCCAGCACCAUACUCUUAA